CCACCACACUUGCUCGUCUCCCUCUGCCUCUCCCCUCCCUCCUAUAGCAAUCAAACCACCAGCUCCACUCCCCCCUCCUCUCCUCCGUCCUCCCCCUCCCCCUCCUGCUACUCCCCAGUUCAUGUCCUGCUGCUUCCCAUGUCGCCGCCUCUCGAGCUCGACUACAUAGGCCUCUCGGCCGCCGCCGGCGGCCGCCCGGACGACGACCUGAAAGGCACCGAGCUCCGCCUCGGACUUCCCGGCUGCGAGUCCCCGGACCGCCGCCCGGUCGCCGCCACCACCACACUCGACCUGCUGCCCGCCAAGGGCGCCAAGCGAGGGUUUUCGGACGAGGUCGUGCCGCCUGCGCCGGUUUCCGCCGCCGGGAAAGACAAGGACGCGUCCGGGGAUGAGAAGGACAAGAAGGUCGCCGCCCCGCCGCAGCCUGCUGCCAAGGCUCAGGUGGUGGGAUGGCCACCAGUCCGCAGCUAUCGCAAGAGCACGAUGGCAACCACCACCAACCAGCUGAAGAGCAGCAAGGAGGAUUCUGACACGAAGCAGGGGCAAGAGUUUCUGUAUGUCAAGGUCAGCAUGGAUGGUGCGCCUUACCUGAGGAAGGUUGACCUCAAGACAUACAAGAACUACAAGGGCAUGGUUGUGGGGCUAGGGAAAAUGUUCAUUGGCUUCAGGACAGGGAAGGAUGGUGAAUAUGUGAUGACUUACGAAGACAAGGAUGGAGACUGGAUGCUGGUUGGUGACGUCCCAUGGGAGAUGUUCACCGAGUCUUGCCGGAGGAUCAGGGUCAUGAAAAGUUCAGAUGUGAUUGGACUUGGAGUUACAAGGGCAGGGGUCAAGUCCAAGAAUAAGAACUAAGACGGUCGCUGCCCACGGUUUGAAGACGAGGUCGCACAUAUCGUCUGUACUACUGCAUGGUUUUCCUAUCCCGCAAGUAAAAUCACCCGUUACUCUACUGUUUAAGAUUUGCGAUAUCUCCUAGAGACUUAUGCUCUAUAUUUUGUUGUGCCCACGUUGUUGUACGCGUGUUAUUUCCAUCCGUGUAAAUGGUUGGUAUGCAGUGCGAGAGCUACUGCUGUGUUUGAUGACCCCUAUGUAUUUUGCCACUCUUGUCCUGAACCGGUCGUUCGUCGUAAAUGUGAAGGUUGCAAGACUAUUAUUUACCUGA